AUGGCACCUGCUGCAGCGACAGCCACGGUAAUCACCGCAACAGUCGAGCCGAGUGCUCGCCAACCCCAAACCACCAAUGUGGCCGUGCAGCGAUUCCCUGACCCGCCUCGCUUCCAAGACAAGUUGGAGGAGAGGGAGUAUCUGAAGGGCCGUCUCGCGCUCGCAUUCAGGCUGUUCGCCAAAUACGGCUUCGACGAAGGUGUCGCCGGGCACAUUACGCUUCGAGACCCCGUGGACCCGAACACGUUCUGGGUGAAUCCUUUUGGCCGGGCGUUCUCGCAAAUGAGGCGCUCGGACCUGAUCCAGGUCGACCAUGAAGGGCAGGUCAUUGGAGGUGGCCCUAACCGUCUCCUCAACCAAGCUGCGUACAUGAUUCACGCGGCAAUCCACAAAGCACGUCCUGAUGUGCUCUGCGCCGCGCACUCACACAGUAUCCACGGCCGAACGUUUUGCACGCUGGGGCGAAACCUUGACAUCACUACACAAGACGUAUGCGCCUUUUACAACGAUGUCGCUCUCUACGACGACUUUCGGGGGGUGGUAUUGGCCAAAGACGAGGGCGAGAAUAUUGCCCGGGCGAUAGGGAACAAAAAGGCAUGUCUCCUCCAGAACCAUGGUCUGUUGACCUGUGGUCAGACCGUGGAAGCGGCCGUCUUUUGGUUCUGCAGCCUCGAGAAAUGCUGCUAUACCCAGUUGUUGGCGGACGCCGCAGCCGCGGGUCGAGGCGGCACGACCGUCAAGAUUGACGACAAGGAUGCCGCAUUCACGUAUAAGAGCAACGGGACGCCUAGGGCGGGAUGGUUCAAAGCGAUGCCCAUGUUCGACGUGAUGAUGGAAGAGGUGGGAGAUGCGUAUCUGAACUGA